UGCCCUGAGCUUACAGCCUGGCUGCUUUUACACCUAUUGUUUUGCUGCCGUUGUGGAAGAAUCUCCACAGUGGUUUAGGAUCGGCGGGACGCGCAAUGGCCGACGAGCAGGAAAUCAUGUGCAAACUGGAAAAUAUUAAGGAAAUCAGAAAUAAAACUAUACAGAUGGAGAAGAUUAAGUCCCGGCUCAAGGCUGAAUUUGAAGCCCUGGAGUCUGAGGAGAAGCAUUUGAAGGAGUAUAAGCAGGAGAUGGACCUGCUUCUUCAGGAGAAGAUGGCACAUGUCGAGGAGCUGCGCUUGAUUCAUGCCGACAUCAAUGUGAUGGAAAACACAAUCAAGCAGUCAGAGAAUGACCUCAACAAGCUGCUGGAGUCGACGAGACGCCUUCAUGAGGAGUACAAGCCGCUCAAAGAACAUGUGGACGCUCUGCGAAUGACAUUGGGCCUGCAGAGGCUACCAGACCUAUGCGAGGAGGAGGAAAAGCUUUCUCUUGACUAUUUUGAGAAGCAGAAAGCUGAAUGGCAGACAGAACCACAGGAGCCUCCCAUCCCAGAGUCCUUAGCAGCAGCUGCUGCAGCUGCUCAACAGCUACAAGUUGCCCGAAAGCAGGACACACGGCAGACGGCCACAUUCCGACAACAGCCACCUCCCAUGAAGGCUUGCCUGUCAUGUCACCAGCAGAUCCACAGGAAUGCCCCAAUCUGCCCACUGUGCAAAGCCAAAAGCCGCUCACGCAAUCCCAAGAAGCCAAAGCGUAAGCAAGAUGAGUGAAAGGGGUCCUCAGAAAUAUCCCAAGAUGACUGGGACUGAACCACAGGCAAUACUGAUCAUUGGGAACUGACAGAACUGGCAGUUGCUUUGUUUACUAUUUAAGUGUGAUGUAAGCACGACUGUGUUUUUCCUUUUUAAGAAGAAAGUGUUUAUGGUGCCGUUGAGUAUUAAUUGUUUUUAAUUGAUGUCAUGUUAAUGGAUGGAUUUCAGACCCCUGUGUUGACACGUGCAUUUUUUUUUUUUUACCACGGGAGUGGAGCAAAGGAUGCCAGCUUACAGCACACGACUGACAAGUGAAGAUAAUGAUAAUGGAAUUAUUUGGGAAGCAUUUUUUAUAUUCAUUUUAAAUGAGAAACUUGCAGAUGAGUGUCACAGUAAACGAGUGCCAAAAGCUGGCAUAAUCUGAAGAAAAAUGAGAUUUUAUUUGCUAAAUUGGAUGGGAAAAGGAAUUCACAUGACUCCUUAAGUGCCCUGUCGAGCCGUAUUUAAUCUUCUUAAUCUGACCGGACAGUCUUUAGCAUGUGCUGGUUGAGAAGGUUUAUCUCUGCUCAUUGCAGCCCUCAUUUUCAAUUCUGCUUUCCACCAGCAAGUGGUGCUAGAUCUUCUUCAGAUGAAAAGAAAUGCAAGAAAAUCCAAGGUGCUACACUACAAUCGGCUCCCUCUAGGCUACCAGACAAGUUUAGGUCCUAGAGAUGUUUCCAAGAGACUGACUGUUGGGCACAUUGUUCUAAAACAGCUGAAUCAUGGUGGGAGGAAAGAAAAGUAUUACUUGAAAACAGUCAAAACCACACUGCAUGUACUAAAGGUGGCACAUUAAUGUGCAACUUUCCUUGUACAAACAUUGUGGUCUGGUAUGUUUUACUAGGCAGCUAGAUUGUGUGCCUAAAUAAGCUGCAUCUUACCUCCCUUAUGAACCAUCUUUAUUUUUUUAGGGUUCCCAAAUUUGAAAUCCAAAAAUAAUUAUUUCUUUUAUCCGAUUUCUUUGUAAUUAGUUAAGCAGUGUUUAGAAGUGGUUCUAAAGCAGAGUAACUUAAUAAACCCGGUUCGUGCCAAUGCUAUAAUGUCUUUGAGUUGAGGGCAGUUUGAUUGAAAAAAUAUAGCGCCCUAAUAAAUGCGGUUAAGAGCUCGGGUUCAAGAAUCCUUGAGGAUUUAUUCUCCAACUACUUAAUCUAACCUACUACCAGUCCCAGAGGUAUCUGAACAUAAAAAGAAAGUAUGUUACACUGAUAGAGUAAAUGUGUUGUACAAAAAAUUGCAUGCACAUCACCUAAUGAAAUUUGAGAAACAGUGUGGAUGUGAGUGGGUCUAAUGAUGGAUUAAUGCCCUGUUCAUAGAUGGCUCCUGCCCUUAUCCUGAUGCUGGCAGGAUAGACUUUGACUUCCUCAACCAUAAGUUUGAGUAACUGGGUUUGAGAAUUUUAUGGUAAGUAAGCUAACGUAUUCUUUCUAUGUUCACACAUUAUACUCUUAUGAUCAUUGUACGGAGAGCUCUGGAAGUGGACACCAAGUGCAGGGUGCUCAGAAGCCUUGUAUUAUAGUACCUUCCAACACAUGAAUGUUCAGCGUUGCUUGCUUGCCUGGUUUUCAAAAUGAUUUCUACUUGAGUCAUUCUUUUCAUUUAAACCCAGAAGAUGUGAACAAAAAUUCUUUCUGCUUUUAGGAAGACCCAAUAAAUUAUGGUACUCAGCGAACACUUAAUAUAUUGCCUUUCUCAACUAAUGCAGUUUUCUUCUGCUGCAUUCGAAAUUUAUAAAUUGUUAUUUGUAGCUUCGUAUUAGUUUAUUUUAUCCAAUAUGUCAUGCUAGUGGCCAGCAUAUUAAUACUGUACUAACAGCCUGUAUCUUACCCUAUAUUUUGUAUACUGCAUAUCGCGGUAAGGGGUUGCCUUGGCAACAAGACCAGUAUGACAGACCAGAUUUCCUUUCCCUAACAAUACGUUCUUGCAUCUCUUGUUAAAUGUCUAGACCAGAUGUAAGAUAUAGUACUGUCCUCAGGCUGCCUUCCUGUCAUCCAGUCCAAUGAAAUCCCAACUCCAUCAACUGGCUCUUCUCCACCCAAAUGAAUAUUGCCUCUCAUCAGAGGUUCUCCCAGCCCCCCAAGACUGUCAUGCUUUACCUGAGUAAGCCUAGCAGUAUUGUUUUAUUAAAAAAAAUUGAGUGCUUCAACACAAAAUUAUAUGUUUUGAGCACUCCUUGUAGCUUAUUAAUAAAAUGAGGAUAGUAAUAAACAUUUAUUACUUAAGA